AGAUCAAGGCUGUGGCUGCAGCAGAGUUCGGUAACGGUCAUACGAGCUGAAGGGACAAUGGGGACUGCGGGAGGAUUGGCGAUCAGAAGGCUGGUGGAUGGCGCAGCCACGAUCUGGGUCUUUUGCAGAUUCCACAACUUCAUGAUAGAGUAGUCCCUCGAGUGUAAGGCAUUUUGCUGGUAAUCUAUCUGCCAUAGGGAAAUCCUCGUAAGGCGGCACCAGAGGAUGAGAUUAUCGUCAUCAAGAUGGAGAAAGAGAGUGAGAGUGACUGGGGGAGGAUGUUUGGCCCCUCGGAUCCGGAAAGACGGGCGGAGACUCAAGACUGACAAGAAACAACUCGCUUUCCUCCCCGGGAAAAACAUAGUGGCACGGACAACUACAGUAGUCUCCCUCACUAAAGUGUGUAUCUACUCCCUACUAGGAGUAGUUUUGGCCCCCGCGGUUUUGAGUCGAUCCAUUCUUCGUGCCACCGUCUCCCUAGCCUAUCGCUGUGCCCAUCCACUGCUGCUUACUCCAUUAAUUAUUAGCUGGCGUCAUGUCCCCAACUGCCCGGACGCGCAUUCCCUCCGAUUUAGGGAUAAGAAAAGCACCUCCCCCCGGCACGUGGAGUCUGCGACAACCAGGAUUUCGAGUCAGAUUUCAUUCCAGUCUUACUUGGGUAGGACUUCAAUGGCAUUUCUAUCUGCUACAACCUCUCAUAUACUCGUACGUGUGCAUCUCACGACUCUUUGUCGGUCGCGCGUCAUCUGCUCCAUCGAAACUCUUUUUCUUUGUUCGCCCGCUCGGCGUUGACUUCGGGUGCCACCUUUCGCUAUCCUUGUCACCCUUUUUGAAAGGGUUCACGCAAACUUGGGUCCAACCUUUAUUGAAUUGUCGGAACGGCUUUCUCGCGUUCAUCUCCGGCCCUCCACUUCGGACUCCGCUCGUUCGGAUUUUGGGAGUAUCUACUUAGUUCGGCCAGUCGUACUUCUGAAUAUACGGAACAAACCCCGAAAUAACAUUGUCGGACCCAACAAAGGA